GAUCUUUUUCAUAGGAAUCAUGAUAGUUUUUGGCUGCAAUUUUGUAUAUUUCUUCUGAUUAUGUGACAUGAAUUUGAUUUUGUUGUCGUUGUUUCAUGUUAUGCCCUUCGUUUCUCAUCUCUUUGGGACUGAUCAAAGAUGGGAAGUCAGGAGAAUGUGAAACACCUCGAGGAAUGCACUGUUUCCAAUGCAUUAGGAACAUGGGUAUUCUCAGUCCUAGGCGCAUUGGUUGCAAUCCCGGUAGGCAUCAAACGCAAGUCUCUAGGUCCACUAGUGUUCUUUGGCACAACGGGAACAAUGCUCGACAUCAUCAUUGGUGUAAGUCAAUGUGAGAGAGAACACGCAGAGCACCAAAUGAAGUUACUCCAAGACUCUCAAAAUGCCACAACAACAACCAACACAGAGACUGAGGAUAGCUCUUCCAUGACCUAAUCUUUUUACAUUUUUCUCAAUAAGACUUUGAUGUACUUUGUUGCCACUCACAAGUUAAACUUGUUUCAAGAUAUUGUGAUUUUGCAACCUAAAGCUGAUCAUCUACA